CCAUAUUGGAUCCAUUCAGCCGCAGCCGCCCGGGCGGAGCGCGUCCCGCAGCCGGCUGGUCCCCGUCGCGGCCCGGGUGCUCGCCCCGGCUCGCCCGCCCGGUGCGGAGCUCGCCAUGGCGGCCACUGACCUGGAACGCUUCUCGAAUGCAGAGCCAGAGCCUCGGAGCCUCUCCCUUGGGGGCCACGUGGGCUUCGACAGCCUCCCGGACCAGCUGGUCAGCAAGUCGGUCACACAGGGCUUCAGCUUUAACAUCCUUUGUGUGGGGGAGACUGGCAUCGGCAAGUCCACACUGAUGAACACGCUCUUCAACACGACCUUCGAGACUGAGGAAGCCAGUCAUCAUGAGGAGUGUGUGCGCCUGCGGCCUCAGACCUAUGACCUCCAAGAGAGCAAUGUGCACCUCAAGCUGACUAUUGUGGACGCUGUGGGCUUCGGGGAUCAGAUCAAUAAGGAUGAGAGUUACAGGCCCAUAGUUGACUACAUCGAUGCGCAGUUUGAAAACUACCUACAGGAGGAGCUGAAGAUCCGCCGCUCCCUCUUCGACUACCAUGACACGAGGAUCCAUGUCUGCCUCUACUUCAUCACACCCACAGGGCACUCCCUCAAGUCCCUGGAUCUGGUGACCAUGAAGAAGCUAGACAGCAAGGUGAACAUUAUUCCCAUCAUUGCCAAGGCUGACACCAUUUCCAAGAGUGAGCUCCACAAGUUCAAGAUCAAGAUCAUGGGCGAGCUGGUCAGCAAUGGGGUUCAGAUCUACCAGUUUCCCACUGAUGACGAGGCUGUUGCCGAGAUUAACGCAGUCAUGAAUGCACACUUGCCCUUUGCUGUGGUGGGCAGCACCGAGGAGGUGAAGGUGGGGAACAAGCUGGUCCGAGCACGGCAGUACCCUUGGGGUGUGGUGCAGGUGGAGAAUGAGAACCACUGCGAUUUUGUGAAGCUGCGGGAGAUGCUGAUCAGAGUGAACAUGGAGGACCUCCGAGAGCAGACCCACAGUCGGCACUAUGAGCUCUACCGGCGCUGCAAGCUGGAGGAGAUGGGUUUCCAGGACAGCGAUGGCGACAGCCAGCCCUUCAGCCUGCAAGAGACCUACGAGGCCAAGCGCAAGGAGUUCCUGAGUGAGCUGCAGAGGAAGGAGGAAGAGAUGAGGCAGAUGUUUGUCAACAAAGUGAAGGAGACGGAGCUGGAGCUGAAGGAGAAAGAGAGGGAGCUCCACGAGAAGUUUGAGCACCUCAAGCGGGUCCACCAGGAGGAGAAGCGCAAGGUGGAGGAAAAGCGACGGGAACUGGAGGAGGAGACCAACGCCUUCAACCGCAGGAAGGCUGCGGUGGAGGCCCUACAGUCCCAGGCCUUGCAUGCCACCUCCCAGCAGCCUCUGAGGAAGGACAAGGACAAGAAGAAUUAACGCACGCACAGACUUACAUGUCAAGAGCGGACUUUAGACUUUCAUGUGUUAAGUUGCUUGAGUUACACCUUGUGACCCUUCUUCUCCCAUAACAUGGUGUGAGGACGGACUGGGAGCUGGUACAGACUCCAGUGUUUACAGCCUUGCUUUGUCCCUUGCCCCUACCUGCUGGCUGCCCUGGGCCUGGCAGGCCACCCCUCUCUAUGCAAACACGUCAAAGCCAUGAAUGCUGGAAUCCAAAACUGACAAGGUUUAUUUUUUUCAGAGCCAGUGGCUGGUCUUCCAUUUACAGUGUCACUAUUCCUUGACGGAGCAGUUCAGUGCCACUCUCGCGAAGGCCCGAGCCGGCGAUGCUUGGCCUAAUUGUUCCGCGUCAAGAUGGCAGCUCACGCGGCGCCCUAGGUGUGGCCGUGUGGCCUGGUAUACGUGCUGCGAAAUUCACCCGAUUCCCCUUCAUUUUAAUUUUUCUAACCUAGAGCUUCAUUUCAAUAAUAACUUUUAGGAUACUUCUAAAUUUUUAUUUUGGCACAAGUAUAAAGACAGAUAAUACCCUCUCCCAUUAUUUUCAUAAGUAACCCAGAUUCCCUGAUUUUUAAGAACUAAAAAUAUCUCUAAACCUUUCUUAUGUAUACAGCAUCCCUAUAAUAUUUAGGGAGAGGUGGGCAAUAAACGUCCUGUAAUGACAGUGUUUGGAAUUUCUUUAUGGCUGAAAGUGGAUCAUGAACAAGACCACGUCCAAUGUUUUUAACGCGAAUGUAAAUGGAACAGCAGCCCAAAGCCGUUGUCUGUGUGCUCCAGAGGUGCUACCUGGAAACAGGGACCAACUCCACGUGUGUGUUAAGUGUUUGACUCCAGCUAAGGCACGCCCCCCCACACACCCCUGACCAAUCCUGAAUGUUCCCAAUGCAGAGGACUCAGCUGGGAAAAGGUUUUUAAUCUCAAGGUCAUUGUUUUCUGUUUUCCUGGCUGAGUCACAAGGAAAGAGAUGAAGGUGUCUGAUGUGUGUGGACAAUUUCAGAAAAUGCUACCAGCAAGGGAGCUUUCCCCUCUCCACUGCAUUCUUCAGGGGAUCAUUUUAAGAAAGUACUAGCAACAUUGAUUCUACUCUGUUCCUGUUGGUUUGUGAGCCAGUGGGAGCGUCAGGGCUGAGAAUGUGAUAUGAUGAAAUAGGAGAUGAAAAAUGAGUAGCUCAAAGAUCUCAUUCAUUGUUAAUGGGCCACUGUGCUGGGCACAGGCUCCCUGGAGUAACUCACAUCCCUACCCUCAAGGGGCUCACAGUCGAGAAUACUCCCUAGUCGGAAGCCUUGGGAAGUUGUGCUAAUUUAUUGUUGGAUUGGUUGGUUGUUUUCCCUUGUCCUCCAUCCUCCUUCCUGUCACUGUUUCCCCCUUUCUGCCUUGGCCCUCUUUAUUGAUUUCCAGGACCAAGUCCUGGCUUCAUGCUGUGCUUCUGAGAUGGGGCUCCAUUCAGAGUGGGGAGGAGGGGUGAGCUGUGUGUGUCCAUAGAGGCCCUGCAGGAAAAAGGAAGCCCUUUCCUCCUCACCAGGAGCAGAGCACGUUUAUGGAUGCCUGGAGUGAAACUCCCAAGUGUCCUGCCAUGACUAGGGGUGGAUCCAGAUUUUGAGGGGCUUCACUGUGGCCAUUCAAAAGGCAAAUUGGCCUGUACCUAAGGCUCAUGUGGGCCGCAAGUCACUUGGCUUUAGGGGGAUUGUAUGUCUGAGAGGUCUUCAGUUGGGUUGAAGUGUGACCUUUAAGAUAGCCUCCGUCAGCUAACACAUUUCUGAAGAUGAGGCUCAGUGACCCAGCGGAUUCACUGGGUAUAUAAGAAAUGGAGACUCCUGGUUUGUGGGGCAAUCUGGGGAUGCUGAGUGGACCUUUCUGCCACCCAUCUACCACAGCCUGUGGGCUGCACCCCAGGCACACUGGAAUGCCAGGAUUGUGGCUGGUUACCAGCCUGCGGGGAGACCUGUCACUGUUAAAUAUUCUGGGGUCUGAGAUGCUCCCACAGGUCCCAUUGGCUUUAGGGAGCCUGACUGCCCUUCUCUCUCUUUGCUGCUUGUGUUUGGAACUUUAUCAUCUUUAGCUGAGACCAAAUUAGUCCUGGGAGCACAAGGUGAGCUUAAAACGUGCUGUCAUUUAACAAGCUCCCUGGCCCGGGAUGUGAGCCCUGCCUGUGGGAUCUGAUGUGCCACUCCUUUUGAGAAUCCUCUUUUAGCAUUAUUGGGGCUGUCAGCAGGCUUACACUGGCAUUUACCAUCAUGUCUUUCAUAAGCCAAGUUGAUUUGGGGGUAGAAUCAUGUAAUUUAUUGUCCAGACUGAGACUUUGCAGAGUAAAAGGAGGUCCUGUUAAUAAUUAUGCCAGAUCGACAGGUGUAAGCUGGAAUGGCCUAAGACACACCAGGCUGCACCGUGCCCCUGGUGAUGGGUAACCUGAGCCUAGGUGGUUUGUAACUGUGCAGACUGACUGCAUAUAUGUUUCUGUGUGUCUGUGUGUGGGUGCUCAUUAAGUGGGGCUCCUAUUGCUGGGUAAGAGGCCCCAGAGAGGUGUGGCUUGCUCCUUUGUUAUGUU